AUGAAAGUCUCUCUCUCUCGACAGUUUAUCAAAAUUCCCGAAGAUAAAUUCUGUUUGUUGAGCCUAUUCUCAGAGAAUAUCAAAAGGAAACUCGACUAUUGUGGUUAUUCAACAGAAAGUGAAAUAUCUGAAGAUCUAAAGUUGAGCAAGUUGGCUCUUGCGAAAUUAGUUGAGGAAAUGACGUCCAUUGAAGCUAAAGAUUACAUAAUUGAGCUUAAACGUAACAGAUUGUACAAAUGGAUGGGGGAGGUUCAAUGUGAUUUAUACGAUUUCUUUCAUUCUUCUGAAUAUAAAUGUCCUAAAGAAUUCAAAGAGUGGAUGAUCUGGAAGCAGUUGGAUCAACUAACAAAACAUACCAUGACCAAAAUUAUUAAAAGAUCCGAACUUGAAGAAAGAGCAUAUGAAGUUUAUCUACGAGUUCGGGUGCCAGAUGAGUGGAUGGGAUUUAUUAACACUUGUUUCUGAUUUGACCUCAAAGAUGAAAUUGUAUGAGGUAUUUAUUGGGAUUCUAAAUUUUCAUCUAACUUAUUGUUUGUUAUAACAGAUGAUGAGUAAGGAAUCAGGAAACUUAAGAAAAGAAGAAUAUCCACGCGGAGAACUCCAUCGGUUAUUAUCAAGUCUAAGGUCAAAUAUGGAACU